UUUACUGCUCAGUUAACCACAUACUACUCGCAUCCAACAUGUUUAUGUAGUCAUCCUUGUCUACGACAUAUUUAUGCUGGGAACAUUGGCGGCAGUGGCUGCAUCCGAGUAGCGUACAUGUGUUAUCAUGUCGGGAACUGGAGCCGACAAUACCCGCGAUUAUGAAACUGUACCCAAAGAUUCAGUUUGUCUUUGUGAAAACAAUGACACCAUGUCCAAGGUAUUAACUGACAACGAUGAUCUGAAUGUAACCAUGUUGAAUGCCUCAACUGGUCAUUGCAUUCAGAACGACGAACAUAAUUACAUCUACGUCACUUCGAAGGACACGGGCUACGCAUGGGUCGUUUGUACGGCCGUCUUCUUCAUGCAGCUGAUGAGCACAGGCUAUUUGCGUGUCUUUGGCAUCCUGUACUUGGCGUUCCAGGAAGAGUUCGCGUCCUCGGCGUCAGUCACAGCGUCUAUAAUGGCCGUCUACGCCGUCGUCUUCAGCAUCAUGUCCCUGUUCACGUGCAACAUCCUCCUGGAGAAGUUGUCGGCAAGGACGGUGACGUUGGCUGGAGGCAUCCUGUUUGCUCUAGGUGUUGGGAUGGGUGUCUUCGCUCAGUCAAUCGGCUUCCUUAUGUUCACGACCGGUGUUUGCGUCGGAAUUGGCAACUCGAUGGUGUUUGCGCCAGGGAUUGUUUUUCUUGGAGAACAUUUUGAAAGGCGCAGAGCACUGGCCAUGUCGUUAGCAUACAGCGGGGGUUGUAUUGGCGGCAUGGUGUAUCCCCCGUUUACGCGGUACAUUCUGGACAUUUAUGGAGUGAGAGGAGCCAUGUUGAUAUUGGGAGGGCUGCAUCUCCACCUGAUACCAGCUUCCAUGUUAUUCAUCAAACCAAAGAGGAAGAGGCACCCUGACAACUGCAAGGAUGCAGAACAUGGUCAGGAUAUUGACAUUAACCCAACUACCGAAAAUAAAAUCACCUCGAAUGAAUGUUUAGUGCGACUUAAAGUCGGCCAAAUGUCGCAAAGUAUGUGUGAUUUGAAAAGUAUGUUUCAAACCACAUAUCAGCCUGACAAAGAAGUCCUUACGUUGAACUAUGGUUUCACAAACACCAAUCUGUCAGCUUCUUUACCGUCGAAGUUGAAUGGAAAACAAAACAUGGAACAUGACCAGCAGUAUGCAUUUGAUUCGAAGUCAAGCCCUGUAGACACUAGCGCCGCUAAAAGCAGAAGAAGCAUACUUGUCAAGUGUGGCAACAUGAUGGACACGUCCCUGUUCACUAAUCCUUUGUUCUAUGUCUUCAUGUGCUUCCAUCUAUUCAGCAUCGGUGUAAUGUCAUAUCCAUCCUUCCUCCCAUCGGUUGCCAUGGAAAAUGGAAUAGGCGAUGGACAAGGUGCUCUCCUUGUCACCAUCCACGCUGGACUUGAUCUGUUCUGUAGGACAUGUACAGGAUUCAUAGCUGACCAGGGAUGGUUUAAGAGACACAAAAUAUUGGCCGUGGCCUUUUUUAUAUUAGGGACACUGUACCAGUUUGUCCGCUACUAUACAUCCUUUCCUUUGAUGGUAAUGUACGUGGUCAUGUUUGGCAUGUUCAGUGGGUCCUUCUACUCCCUGCAUCCCAUCAUAGCUGUUGACUUUUUUGGGGCAGAAAGAUUUGCCAAGGUCCUCGGUUAUGUCCAGUUUGCACAUGGAUUUGUAAUCACAGUCAGUUAUCCAAUAAUAGGCAUUCUCCGUGACCUGACCGGAAACUACAUAACAUCGUGCCAUCUCCAGGGGGCGGGGCUGUAUGUUGGCGCUGUUUUGCUGCUGAUCAAACCACUCACGAGGAACACCUAGUCAUCAAAUUAAUAGCAGAGUGCAAGUCCGGAAGCAUUCUUCAUUAUCCAGUGUAUUAUAUGGUCAUUCUAUUAUGAUAAUUGGGCGGUCGGGUAGCCUAGUGGUUAAAGCGUUCGCUCGUCACGCCGAAGACCCGGGUUCGAUUCCCGA